CGAGUAGUCGGCACAUUCCUUUUUUAAAAACAACUUUUCGCUGUCUUCUUCGCUGCGGCGGCGACGACGACGACGACCAUGACGAAGUUCUACCACGACGACCCGGCGUGGGCGGACAUUGAGCCCAUACCGCAGGACGACACGGGACACCCGCUCGUAGCGAUCGCGUACACGGCGGAGUACAGCGAGGCCAUGGGGUACCUGCGGGCCGUCAUGGCGCGCAACGAGCACAGCGAGCGCGUCCUGGCGCUGACGGAGCACGUCAUUGGCAUCAAUCCUGCGCAUUAUACCGUUUGGCUCUACCGCGCGCGCACCCUCGAGCACCUCUCCAUCCCGCCCUCGGACGAGCUCCGCUGGCUCAACCCCAUCGCCCUGUCGCACCUGAAAAACUACCAAAUCUGGAACCACCGGCAGGCCAUUGUCGACCGCAGGGACUCGUGCGAGGGCGAAGCGGACUUCAUCGCCCAGAUGCUGGACCAGGACGCCAAGAAUUACCACGUCUGGAGCUAUCGGCAGUGGAUGGUGGAGCGGUUCGGGCUGUGGCGCGAUGUGGGGGAGGUGGCGUUUGCGGAGGAGAUGAUUGGCAGGGAUGUGAGGAAUAAUAGUGCGUGGAAUCAUCGGUUUUUUGUGCUUUUUGGGGGGAGGAAGAAGGGUCAGGCUGGGGAAGGGGAGGAGGAGGGGAAAGAGGAAGAGGAGAAGGAGAAGGAGAAGGAGCUUGUGCAGAGGGAGAUUGAAUACGCCAAACAAGCCAUCCGACAAGCCCCCCAAUCGCAAUCCGCAUGGGACUACCUCCGCGCCGUCCUCCGCCACGCCCACCUCCCCAUCUCCACCAUCGCCGGCUUCGCCAACGAGUACAACGACGUGAGCCCUCCGCGAAGCCUGCACGCCCUGGAGGCCCAGCUGGAAAUCUACGCCGAGCAGAACAAGGUCGACGAGGCAAGGAGCACGCUCGAGGCCCUCGCCGAGUUCGAUCCCGUCCGGAAGCCGUACUGGACGUAUCGGCAGAAGGAGUUGGUUGUGGCGUAGUGGUGCGCUGCUACGGGGUGAGACGCCGUAGGAUUGGGUUCGAGGGAGGCGUGCGAGUAUUUAGUUGAGGCAUGACAUUACCACACUACGGUCGAAACGAUACCCGGAUGGCGUUUUGGUUGGGUUUAUGGCGGCCGGUUUUGGGUUGGAUUAUUUUUCUAAGGGCGGGUAUUAUAUAGGAUAUGGUUGAUAUUUUUGAUACCAUAACGCCACCAUUCAUUCAUGUGUGAUGGAG